AUGGCGGAUGGCCCAUUGAUCGUGCCUACGCUUCUCGCCUCCGGGACUCUGCACUUCGCCACUAUUCAGUCUACUGGGACUACUCAGGAUGUCAUAGAUUCUCUGCUCUUGCAGCAGGAGGUGGCGUCGGAGAUCUUGGGGGACUUGGAACAAUAUGGUUGGGCCUUGCAACGCGUACGGAAAGAACCCAAUGGUCGUCAGUGGGAGGAAGAGGAGUUAGAAGAGCUUGGAAAUGGUAUCCUGCCACCAUCCACACGCGUAGCUCCGCUGCUCAACUCCCCAUCUGCCUCUGCUAGCUCGGAGAGGCAUUUCUCAGCAUUUCCGCUCACGUCGCAUCUACAUGUGCCUGUGCUCCGUUUGGUUUCAUUACAUCCGUUCCUUGUACUAACAUGCACAUUCCUACGUGUCCCUGAGAUCCAUGACGGAUUCCAAUGGAAGUCUUUCAUCUCCAGAUCCACCACUGUCCGCGAUGCGCUCGACGCGAUCAUCACAGAGCUUGGUCUCACGAAAUCCCUGCCUGUUCCUGGCGGCGGGAUCUUGGAGUAUGUACUGGAAGAAGUAUGGACAUUCGAUGACGCCGAAAAGUCGUCCCGGUUGUCUUCUGCUAGCACACUAUCCAGCCUCAUUGAGUGUUCCUCCGACCGUAACCCUUUCCCGCCCUCAGCGUCAUCAGUAGCGCACACAUUCAGGUUCUGCGUCCCUGACGAAUGGUAUCGCCGAUCGAAGUCUCGGUCCGUUUCUACGACCUCCACGGAACCUUCAGAGGACACAAUUAGACGUCUUGCAGAUAUGGAGGAAGAGGAAGAGAGUGGAGAAUCCGGAGGUACAGCGAAGCAAAAGGCUGAUUCCGGCUCAGAGCCAGAUCUUCGCACUCCUACUUCUGGGUUCAGUGCUCCGACGGAUUGGCGAAGCUCAAUAUCGCAGAAUAGGUUUUCUAGUAUGUUUGAAAGCUGGAUACGUCCCACAAGCCCGACCGCCGAAACUACGGCAAUUCCGGUUGAGAGGAAAGUUGUCAGCGAUCCCCGUCUAAUGGACCGCACUAGCCGCGACCUCGGAUCCACAGGCGUACCGACCGAAGGAGAUGCAGGUGCGAACGAUGUCGACCCUGGCGAAUUUGAGGAGAUGCUUGACGAGCUAGGGCUCAAGGCUUCCAGCCGCGACGCUAUGUAUCGCCUGCCACCCGAGCAGAAGCGAUACCUCCUCCAAAACAACAAGGAAGUUCGCGCAUCAAUGUUAUAUAAGGCGACUGCCACUCGCAGUAAGCUUGGCCAUGCCACACAGCCAUCCACGUACGGCCCUACAAGUGCCGCAGGUUUGUUGCCCCGCUUAGUCCCGCAGCUGACUGGUGACUCGGGGAUUAUGAAGCGAUUCUCGAUCGCUGGAUGGGGGAGCGGUACAUCUUCACCCACGGCAAGCAUCGUGGAGGCGAGUCGCAAUAGCGGUGAAUACGAUACCAGGAGGAGGGAUUCUGUCGUUUCAGCCAACCCGCCCUUGGAUAAGCCGACGGAGCCGUCGACUCCUGUCGUCCAGCCACAGAGCACAGGUGGCCUCUGGAGCAGCUGGUGGUCGUCCUCGGGCGGCGAAAAAAGCUUGGCGUCAGGCGCACCGAAACAAGUAGAGAAGACUGCUAAGUGGUUCGCUGACGGCAUCCGCAACGGGAGGUCGACGGACUCUAAGCUCGUGAAGCAUCUCAUCGCGCUGCGAGUCCAUCUGUCGACUACAAACCUGGUGUGGAUAGAAGAUUUCAUGGAUGUGGAGAAGGGGAUGGGCGCGCUUAGCAAAUUGCUCUCGACCCUAGUGGGCAAAGGCGGCAAGAGGAAGAAGCUAACUGACAUCGAGGACACUGUCUUGCUGGAAGUUAUCAAGUGCCUCAGAGUGCUCUUAAAUACGGAGCCCGGGUUUAGCGAAGUCCUUUCAGCGCCUACACUCAUUACUCACAUCGCAUAUUCUCUCCAUGGAUCGUCCGUUAAAUUACGAAUACUUACGUCAGAGGUUCUUGCAGCCAUUUGCGUUCUCUCACUCAGAGAAGGGCAUAAAGCGGUGCUAUCCGCUUUGUCUGACUAUCGCGUCGAGUUCGAGGAGCCAUUUCGCUUUCAAGAACUCAUCGCCUCGCUCCAGCUCCCUGAGGUCACAGACGACGGCGUCACCGUAGGAGAGUUUGGAUAUAGCAACGAUGAAGAGGGCGUCUGGGAGGCCCGAACCGCAUCAAUGGCGCUCAUCAAUGCCCUAACAAACUGUCCGGCUGCGCUCGAGGAACGGAUCUUACUCCGAGAAGAGUUUGGCCGGCGUGGUUUGAACGAAGUCAUCGUCACGUUACGCUACAUCAAACCGCCAGAAUCUUUAGUUACUCAACUCGAUGUGUACACUGAAGAGAAGUUCGAAGAUGAGGAGGACAUGCGCGAGCGGGCACGGAACCUCGUCGAUCGGGAAGGCGCGCAACAACAUUCUGAACCCGUGCUGGAGGAGCUCCUGCAUCUCGCUGGUGAACAUGAGAUGCUUUACCCUACCCUUGUAGAGAUCAUAUCGCGCUUAUCGAGGGUCUUCCGGAGCGAAAUCGAUAGUCAGCUAAGGGCGGAAAUUCUCGACAUCAUCAACUUGUUCAUACAGGAAGCUGUCGAUAUCCAGGAUUUUGGAGAUAGUUGGUUACCCCUCUUGAACCGAUUUGCGGCUUCUGUACGGCACAUCACUGGGCAAGAACUUGAAGUCCAGGCUACUCUGGAUGGCCAUGGAUCCAUCGUGUCAGAAGAGCUCGACAUCCUUCGCAAUAAAGUCGACGAGUUGAGCGGAGAGCGGACCGCUCUCCAGAGCCAAUUCGAGCAACAGACUGCAGAGCUCAAUACUUUGCGAUCUAUUGGUUCUCAACCUCCUACCGUAAACGGGAGAGGUGCUGGAAGGGGUGGUUCAGAGAGCUUCCACGGCCUCGUGCAACGGCUUGUGCAAAAGGAGAAGCAUGUUUUGCAAUUACAGACGGAACUUGACCGACUGAAAGCGUCGAAUCCUGCUGAGGGAAAAGAACCUGAUGAUCGUGCCAAGCGUGAGCGUGAUCGGGUGAAGUGGAAUACGCUGAUGGAGGAGAUUACCAAACUGAAGGUGCAGCAUGGCGACUAUGAAGCAUCUAUUGCUAGCAAGGACAAGGAGAUCAUCUACUUGAAGCGUGCCUUGGAGUCUGUUUAUUCUCGCUUCCGCUCACGGGAAGAUAAUCGUGAAUCUGAACUCGAUGCUGAGGUGAUGGCGACCCGCGCUAUCAAUAGUCUAAGUCAAAAGGACGAACAAAUAGCGGACCUUCAAGCACAGAUCGAAAUCCUGAAGGCUCAGCUAGCAGAGAAGCCGAAGUUCAUUACAGAGACCGACUUCAAACGACAAGUGGCUCCCCCUCCCCCACCACCAGCGAGGCCGAAGCAUGCGCCGACCGUUUCCUCGACAAUGGAAUUAGUAGAAAGUGCAAAAUCAACACAUGCUGCGAACCUACUUCCAUCGUCGGUGCCAUCCUCAACUGUAGUGCCGCCGCCGCCGCCGCCUCCACCUCCUCCUUUCCCUCCUCCCCCACCGCCGCCUCCGCCUCCACCACCACCUCCACCUUCUGCCCCUCUUUCUGGGAUUGCGCCCCCUCCUGGCGCACCUCCGCCCCCACCUCCACCCAGUGCCUAUAAAAGUCGCGCUCCCCGAGCUGUCAAGCCAGAAAAACGACUGAAGCCGUUCUUCUGGAACAAGUUGACAAGUCCCUCCUUGGCUUCUACAGUUUGGAAUGACAUUUCCGCCAACUUUGCAUUCGACUUGGCCGACCUAGAAGCGACAUUCGCAGUAGACAAUUUGCCUUCGAGCACUUUGUUGUCGCCCUUGUCGUCUCCGAGAAAGCAGUCCGUCACCACUCUACUCGACAUCACUCGAGCGAAUAAUGUCGCGAUCAUGCUGUCCCGCAUCAAACUCGAGUUACCUGAGAUCAGUGCUGCCCUUUUAGCAAUAGAUGAUCAAAAGCUGUCUAUCGAUCAACUUAAGGCUAUCAGCAGACAAUUGCCUACGGCUGAGGAGAUCACACACCUGAAAGACUUCGACGAUGUCAGCAAGUUGACGAAGGCGGACCAGUUCUUCCAUCAGAUCAUGACUAUUCCGAGGUUGUCAGAACGACUCCAGUGCAUGUUGUACCGCCGAAAGCUCGAUCUCGAGAUUGAAGAGACCAGGCCCGAAUUGAAUAUCGUUCGAAAUGCCUCGUACGAGUUGCGCUCGUCGCCUAGGUUCAAGAAGGUCUUGCAGGCCGUAUUAGCUGUGGGUAAUGCCCUCAAUGGGUCCACUUUCAGAGGUGGAGCUCGAGGAUUUCAACUUGACGCAUUGACGAAGCUGAGAGAGACCAAGACCGCGAAGGGAGGGCCUGACUGCCCCACACUAUUGCAUUACCUCGCGAAAGUGCUGCUCCGAAGUGAUCCAGCUCUAGUCACGUUUAUUGAAGAUAUGCCCCAUGUAGAGGCGGCAGCACGGGUUUCCGUUCAAACAAUAACCGCGUCUGUCCAUGGAAUGGUGGAUGGCCUAAAGCGAGUCUCAGAGGAACUCACGAUCCUCCAGAAGACACGGCUUCCCGCGGGGGAUAAUUUUAUCAUGGUGAUGCAGCCAUUUGUCAAACAAACGAGUGCUAGCGUGGACGCCUUGAAGAACAUGGCUAACGCCCUGGAGAAUGAGCUGCGAUCACUACUUUUAUUCUACGGAGAGAAUCCAGAUUCGCCUGAUGCACCGAAACCAGAAGACUUCUUCGGCUUGGUCCUGAGCUUCUCAUCGUCCAUUCAGAAAGCCGCUUUGGAGGUACACGAUACGGAGGAGAAGCGCGUGCCUCCAUCCUCUACACUCAGCAUCCCGGAGGAGCCAUCUACUGGACCAUCUGUUGGCCGCGGUGAUCUGGACCAAGCCAUCCGGAGCAUGCGUAAGGGCCAGCGCAGGACUCGUACUCUGAACAGGCCUUUGAGCAAGAUCUUCGUCGAUGGCGCGCGGACUAGUCGCAUCUAUGAAUAA